UUUCUGCCCCCGCCCUUCCUCUCCAUUCCUCCCAAAACCCUCCCAAAACCCUAAUCCUAAUUCCCUCCAUGACGACUCGCUUCAAGAAGAACCGGAAGAAGCGCGGCCACGUCAGCGCCGGCCAUGGUCGUAUCGGAAAGCACCGCAAGCAUCCAGGCGGCCGUGGAAACGCUGGUGGCAUGCACCACCAUCGGAUCCUCUUUGACAAGUACCAUCCGGGGUAUUUUGGGAAAGUUGGGAUGCGGUACUUCCACAAGCUCCGGAACAAAUUCUACCGUCCGAUAUUGAAUAUCGACCGCCUAUGGUCCCUAAUACCUGAAGACGUCAAGGAGAAGGCGAAAUCUGCACCAUCGGAUCAAGUCCCUGUGAUCGAUCUCACGCAGUUUGGGUAUUUCAAGCUCCUCGGUAAGGGGAUGCUACCGGAGGGGCGGCCUGUCGUCGUGAAAGCGAAGCUAGUGUCGAAGACCGCGGAGAAGAAGAUCAAGGAGGCUGGCGGGGCUGUCAUGCUCACCGCCUGAUCUGUGGGGCCCAGUCGAUGAAUUGAAGGUUUUGAUUUCAGAUCCUUUUUUUUUUUUUUUUUUUUUACGGGAUAUGGAUACUUUGGGAUAUUUUGAGUUUCAUGAAAGUACCAUUUUUCACUUA